CAGUUCAAAUUGCCAUAUCCACCAUCGAAGUUGCAACGACCAGGAGCGGAGAAACGGGGUGUGUCUGUUCUUAUCUUUCCAUGUUUCUAUUUCCCAUUGCAGUUGCUGUGCAACAAGAAGACAUCGAUCGGGUUCGAGCGUCAGCACAUACACUUUUAAUUUGACACGGAAGGCAACCAGUGUGUAUUUCUUUCUGAUGUUUCCUUUUCUUUUUCUUUAUUUCGUGGAUUUAACUUAUUCUUUUUCUUUCUCUAUCAUGUGUUUUUAUGACGAUGACACGAAUCGGCUUUGUCCUUUGUCUUUUGUCUUUCUUUCAUCUUCCCGCCGUCAGUACCUUCAGCCGAAGUUACCGAGCUUGAAGCGGAAUGACCAUGGUCGCGGUGGUCGAAAUCAUGAUGGAAGUUUCUUUUCUUUACUUUCUUUCUUUCGAGUUUAUGUUGUGUAUUCUCCUGUCUUCCCUAACAGAUUGGAUUGACGAACGAGAGGAUCGGACGUGACAUACAUACAUACAUAUGUUG